AUGGCAAUAAGUGGUAGCCAUACUCUAGCUGGAAUUCAAAAUAAAAGUUUUCCUGACCUAACCAAAGCCAAUAUACGUGGACGUGCUGAAUUACUUGCUCCUCGAAAUAGUUUAUAUAAAUCAGCCUAUAGCAAUAGUUCAAGAAAUGGGGAAAUGAACAUAAAGGAAAAAUUUGUUCGUGCAUGUGAAAAUGGAGAUUAUAGUACAGUACAUCAAAUUCUUCGAGACGAUCCUAAAUUUAAUAUUGAUGUUACUAAUCAAUUAGGUCGUACAGCAAUGCAAUUAGCUAUUGAAAAUGAACAUCUUGAAGUUGUUACACAUUUAUUAUCUCAAUGUGAUGGACAAAAAAUGCGUGAAGCUAUUUUAUUAGCUAUUUAUCUUGGUCAUGUACAAAUAGCUGAAGCAUGUUUACGUCAUCCAAAAUUUAAAAUAUUAUCUGAACGAAGAGCUAUUACGGCUGAUGAAGAGUCAUUUUGGCAUACACCAUCAUCAGAUGAUGCACAAUUUUCACCUGAUAUAACACCAUUAAUAUUAGCAGCACAAUACAAUCGAACGGAAAUAGUUCAAUUACUCUUAAUUGGUGGUGAUCGUAUAACAAAACCACAUGAUUAUCACUGUAAAUGUUUACAAUGUCAUCAUAAAUUUAAAUUUGAUUCAUUACGUCAUGCACAAUCACGUUUAAAUGCAUAUCGUGGUUUGGCAAGUGAAAGUUAUAUUAGUUUAGUAUCAGUUGAUCCAAUUUUAACAGCAUUUGAACUUGGUCGAGAAUUAAGAGAUUUAUCAGCAAAAGAAAAAUAUUUUAAAAAUGAAUAUAUGAAUUUAGCUGAUCAAUUAAGUGCAUAUGCCGUGAAAUUACUUGAUAAAGUUCGUGGUCAUAGAGAACUUGAUUGUGUUUUAGGAAAAACUGGGAAAGAAUCAGAAGAAAAAUAUUUACUUCUAGCUAGACUCUAUUUGGCAAUUAAAUACGAAGAAAAACCAUUUGUUGCACAUUCAAAUUGUCAACAAAAAUUAGUCGAAAUUUGGCAUAGUCAAAUACGUAAUCUAUUCAAAUUAAAUCCUUUACUUAUUCUAUUAUUAAUUAUUUUAUAUAUAUUUAUUUUACCAUUUGCUUGUGUAAUCUAUAUAUUAACUUCAUGGUCAAAUUACACAAACAAACUUCAACGAUUUCUUCAACAACCAUGUAUAAAAUUUAUUGGUCAUAUAAUAUCAUAUGCAAUAUUCAUUGUUUUAAUUAUUGUUUCAAGUCUUUUAUUUGCAAGUGAAUUGAAAAACCAAUCAAAACGUUUAAGUACUCUUCAUCCAAAUAUAUCAUUAGCAUUAAAUCAAUCAAUAACAAAUGCAAAUAAUUCAUCUGCUAUAAAAGAUUGUGAUAUAUAUCCAGACGAUGAUCUUUACUUUCGGGCUAAUAAACCAACAUGGAUUGAUAUCACAAUAUCAGUUUUUGUUGUCGGUUUUCUGUGGCACGAAAUUAAACAAGCAUAUAAUGAUGGUCUUCAAGAUUAUUUUCUUUCAUGGAAUAAUAUUGUUGAUUCAUAUCGGUACUAUUGGGUUUCAUUAGAUCCAAUUAAUGUUGCUGAAGGACUGUUUGCUAUCGCAAAUAUAUUUAGUUUUUCACGUAUUUGUUUUCUGCUACCAGCAUUUCAACAUUUGGGACCAUUACAAAUAUCAUUAGGUCGAAUGAUGUCUGAUAUUGGAAAAUUUAUUAUAAUAUUUUUAAUAAUUUUCUGUGGGUUUAUGUUUGGUUUAAAUAAUCUAUUUUGGUAUUAUAAAAAAUCCGUACGAGCUAAAGUUGAACUAGAAACUCAUCCAUCGGAUGAAAAUUUAGCAGCAGAAAAAUCUUUUGGAACAAUGCCUACAACAUUUAAAACUGUAUUUUGGUCAUUAUUUGGCUUAGCAGAAAAAGAAGCUGUAGAACUAGGAGAUUAUGAUAAGCGUUUUACAGAAAUAGUUGGAUAUUUAAUUUACGGUGCAUUUAAUAUUGCAAAUGUUAUUGUUUUACUUAAUAUGCUUAUUGCUAUGAUGUCAAAAUCUUAUGAAACCAUUGAAGAACAUGCAGAUGUCGAAUGGAAAUUUGCACGCAGUGGAACAUUACCAGUUCCAUUUAAUAUAAUUCCAACACCAAAAAGUGUCUAUUAUUUAUUUCGCCGAAUAUUUUCUUGUAUAAAAAGAUUGAAAGCUUCUAAUAGAGAAUCAUCACAUUCAAAUGAUACAAAUAAUACCUUACCGCCAACAAACCAAACAGGAGGAGCAGCUCGUCGAACACCAAACUUGGGUCGUAAUGGUAUACCAACAGUAACUAGUAGACAAAUAACGAAUGUAAAUUUAAGUGAUGCUAAUAAUUAUCGAGCACGUGAAGGUUCUUUUGAUAUAAAUCAAACAUUAACUUAUCGUAAAGUAGUGAAUCGUGUUAUAAAACGUUUUCUUUUAAAUAAACAACGUGAAGAACAAGAAGAAAUUCGUGAAGGUGAUUUUGAAGAACUCAAACAAGAUAUUCAAAUGUUACGUAUUGAAUUAUUACAUCGUUUGGAUGAAACACGUGAUAAUUUAUAUAAGAAUAGUGCUUUAUUAAAUGAAGGUGUCGUUGUUGUUGGAGAACUUGUAUCAAAUUUUAUGAAUGAUAAAAAUUCAUUAGAUAAAAAUUUUGAUUUAUUUAAAAAAAGUUUUUAUGCAAGAACAGACAGUGGAGUCGAAUCAACUGCAUCAACAUUUAAUACAACAUCAACAACAAAUAUAAAUCAAUCAAUACAUACAUCAAAAUUGAAUGCCAAUUCAAAAGCAGUAUCAAAUUUUUCAUUUAAUAAUCAACAGGAAUCAGAUAUUAAUCCAAUAGAUGCAGUUAAACAUAUAUGUGCGGCACAUAUUAAAUUAUCAAAUAUUGCAGAAGGAGAUGAAAAUUUAAAUAAAACUUUAAAAUAUAUUGAUGAUGAUGCUGAAGAAGAUGUUCAAACUCGACAUGCGACAGUAGAUGUAUCAAAAACUAAUGAUGAAGUAGUUUCUUCGAAAUAUUAA